CACUCAACAAACACGCAGGGAUCUCUCCUCGAACAGGGUCUGAUUCUCUCGUUUAGAUAGACGCCUCGAAGACAAAGGCCAAGCUCGCCCUACAAACAGUAGCUCGAAGAAGAAGGAGAGGUAAACGACGCCGCUGAGCCUCCGAUCAUGGCUUUCUCGUCCCGCCUGCUCUCCAAAUCCAAACAGUUUUGUGGUAGCCAACUCACCUUUCAACAGACACAUGCUAUUCCAGCUCGUUUCUUCGCCAAACAAGCUGACCCCCCUGCUCUUAAGGGAGAUGAAAUGUUGAAGGGCAUCUUUUUUGAGGUUAAGAAGAAAUUUGAGACAGCCAUGGGGAUACUUAGGAAGGAGAAGAUCACCAUUGAUCCAGAAGAUCCAGCUGCAGUUGCUCAGUAUGCCAAGGUCAUGAAGACGAUAAGGGAAAAGGCUGAGUUGUUCUCGGAGUCCCAAAGGAUCCAGUACACCAUACAGACACGAACACAAGAUAUUCCAGAUGCUCGAUCAUAUCUUUUGGCAUUGAAGGAAAUACGGAUCAAGAGGGGUCUCACAGACGAUCAUGGUGUAGAGACUAUGAUGUUUGAUGCACUGGAAAAAGUUGAAAAGGAACUCAAAAAGCCCCUUUUGAGGAAUGACAAGAAAUCAAUGGCUGUUCUUCUGGCAGAGUUUGAUAAAAUCAACAAGAAGCUUGGAAUUCGAAAGGAAGAUUUGCCCAAGUAUGAAGAACAGCUAGAACUCAAAAUUUCCAAGGCACAACUGGAAGAAUUGAAGAAAGAGGCUCUUGAGGCAAUGGAAACUCAAAAGAAGCGGGAGGAAUUCAAGGAUGAGCAAAUGACUGAUGUGAAGUCUUUGGACAUCCGGAACUUUAUUUAGGGUUGGAAUUCGCUUCUCCCUUGUUUGUUUGAGGUUUAAUAAUCGUUUGGACAGAGUGGGAACCAACAAUUUUUCGUUUGGAAAAUGGAGAUUGGCGAGCACAUCUCCCCUUUUUGUUUUUUCAUUUGUAACUGUUGUAUACCUGGAUAUUGAUAUCUGAUCAAUGGAUUCGAAAUAAGUCUGUGUAGGUAUUGCAA